AUGCACGCUUACCACACGCGAUGCGAUGGUCAAACAAUGUCGCAAAGAACAUGUGAGUCGCCAUUUGUUUACGUCAUAGGAUAUACUUGUGGCUGGUCUCGAUGCGACUGUAACGGAGACCUACUUUAUGAUGAACAGAGUGGAUACUGCGUAAAAGAGACGGACUGUCCAUUGUUCCCGACUAGAAAACCUAAACCGAGAAGACCAUCGGGUCGCAGGAAAGGUGGUAAACAAAAAUAUCAUUCGUCUAAGAGGAUAAGGAUAAAAGAAGAAGAAUUACCCGAGUCACAG